UCCAACAUGGCAGACGGAGUGGAUCUUACGCGGUAACUAAAGCAACAUUUCAACCGACACAGACAAAUUCAACACUACUCUGCAACGAGACGUCCACAAUGAGGGAGAGACAGAAGAAAAAGAAGGGGAGGACGUGGGCGGAAGCCGCUAAAACGGUUUUGGAGAAAUACCCUAACACACCUAUGAGCCAUAAAGAGAUCUUGCAGGUGAUCCAAAGAGAAAGGCUUAAAGAAAUAAGAAGUGGAACCUCGCCGCUGGCAUGUCUGAAUGCAAUGCUGCACACAAACUCUCGUGGUGAGGAGGGAAUCUUCUACAAAGUUCCUGGCAGAAUGGGAGUCUACACAUUAAAGAAGGACAUCUCAGAUGUGGCAAAGGAGCUGUCUGAGGAUGGCUCUGAGGAAAGCAGCGACAAUCUUUCUGACUCCCGAAGCACAGAAAACAACAGCAGUGCCAUCACUCAGGAGGGCAGGAGAGGAAGGUGGAUGCGGAGAGUUCCCUCCAAGCUGCAGUCGCAGCCCUCGUCUCCGCAACCUCGAUGUUCAUCGCCUUCUGUCCCCACCAGCAAGCUCAUCUCUCCCUCGCAGAAACACAGCAAGAAAGCUUUGAAACAGGCCUUGAAGCAGCAGCAGCAGAGAAACCAGCGUAGACAGGGGGGGAUGCCAACCACCUCCAGUCCCAGACUGCUUCUGAAAACUAUCAAAGACAUGGCUGACAACAUUACUACAAAAACUGACCUAUGCCAUCCAGUCGUACCCAGGAAGGUUUCCCAGAGAGCAGGUCGCCUUAGUGCAGGGCAGAUAAAACGCACCAAGUGUAAAAUAGAUGUGGAGACCCCAGACUCUAUUUUGGUUAACACCAACCUGCGUGCGAUCAUCAACAAGCACACCUUCUCUGUCCUGCCCCCAGACUGCCAGCAGAGGUUGCUCAAACUUCUGCCUGAAGUUGAUCGGCAGGCUUGCAUGGACGGCCUUCUCAAGGUCACUAGUUCUGCCUUAAACAAUGAGUUCUUUACAUCGGCAGCACAGUCUUGGAAGGAGAGGCUGGCUGAGGGGGAAUUCACUCCUGAGUUGCAGCUACGAAUGCGUCAAGAAGUUGAGAAGGAAAAAAAGGUUGAGCACUGGAAGGAGGCCUUCUUCGAAAACUAUUAUGGUGAAAAUUCUGGGCUCAGCUAUGAGGAAUCCAAAGAGCUGACAAAGGCUGAUCUGAAUCAGGAGUCUGCCAGGGCCCAGUCUCCCCCUCAUCAGACAGGACAUGCCGCUCAAGCACCAGAGGAAACCAAGGGCACGAAGGACAGCGGCCAGAGUGAUGCUGCUGCUAAAGACAUGAAGCCAACCCAGACAUCGUCGCAGGAGCCUCUGAAGGCAGCGCCUGCUCAAAAAGAGCCAGUCUCCACCACAGAGCCCAUGAAGACACGGCGCUCACAGUGCACUGAGGAUCGUAAGUGGAACAUAACAGCUGAGCCAACACCUGCAGUGAGAACACCAGAGGUGGAGAGACGGACUGAACGGGGAGCAGCAGGUUCACUGCCUGAUAAGGAGAAUAAAGAAGAAGUGAAGGAGGAGAAAACUGAACUCCCCCAGUCGCCUGUGAAGAAGAGCCCUCUGCCAAAGGCUAGUUCAGAGUUAAAAGAUCAGCCAGCGUCUGUGGUUAAGCCUGCUGAGGAGGGUGAAGAGGUCAUCUCUGAGCCUGGUGGCCCCUCUGAGUCUCUUAAAAGGAAAUCUCUUAGUGAGACAGAGGGGGAAUUGACACCAGAGAAAAGGCCCCGUAUGUCCUCAGUUUCCUCAGUGUCUUCAGUCUCCUCCGUAUCUCCCCCGGCAUCAUCCAUAUCCAGCCCUGCUACACCAACGCCAGCAACAAAUCAGAGGGUUCCACCACUCAAGAUCCCAGUGUCACGAAUUCUUCCCGUUCCUGUGUCACCAAGCCAAGUCUCACCCAGGACUCCCCUCCCUGCACCACUAAGCAGCCCAGGCCGCACUGGUGCUCGCACUUUGGCUGAUAUCAAAGCCAAAGCUCAGCUCGCCCGAGCACAGCGAGCAGCGGCUGCUGCAGUAUCAUCCGCAUCUAAGGGAGCAGUGCCAGGCCCGGGGCCAGGAGGAGGCAGUGGUGAGCAGACACAGCCCUCACCCAGCCCCAGCCCAACAUCCCCACAGGCAUCAACCAAGUUACCCGGCACCAGCAGCAGCACUCAGAGCAGUACACCUCCUUCUCACCCUCUGGACCCUUUUGGUCAGCUUAGUCCAAACAGGUCUCAGAUGUCUUAUUCAGGCAAACUGGAUGACACACAGAAAGAUCACUGCACUGGUACCAUCAGCGCAGGACACCAGGUGGCUCUAAAGAGUUCAAAUUCAUCAGCACAGUCUUCAUCUGUGCACACUCUCCAGGAAAACCCAACUCCAGUUGGAUCAUCAACCAGGACCAGUUCCUGUAUCCCAGCAAACAACCCACUAGUUACUCAGCUUCUGCAGGGUAAAGAGGUUCCAUUGGACCAGAUCCUCCCAAAGCCGCUGUCUAAGGUGGAAGUAAAGAUUUCAAGCUUACCCUCUGGUAGUAAGGGGAAGACGUCACACUCUGCUGAGCUCAGGCCUGAUAAACAAAUGGCCCACCAGUUUCACACAGCAGGACGAGCUGGAGUUUUCUCAGAAUACUCGAGGCAUCACAGGGAACUUCCUGACAAGGAGACGCAGGAACAGAUCCUGCAGGCUCUAAUGCAGAGGAAGGUCCAGCAGAGCCAGCCUUAUGGAGGUUUGGGGCCUCAGCACCCUCAGUACAAAGCCCAUCAACUGGUGCAUGCUGAAGAGCUUCAGGACCAAUCCAGGAUUUGCGUAGGCUUUUUGGGCCGUAAGAGGAUGCCCAGACCUGCCAUGACAGGACAUUACCUGCUCAAUGUGUCCACAUACGGCCGCGGACCGGAGAGUAAAAGACUGCACCAGUCUGCCAUCCCAAACACAUCUGUGUUUGGUUUAAAAAGGGAAAGCACAGAAGGAGAAGAGGCGGCUAAGGAAGAAGAACCAGCCAGGAAAGUGUUCUCUCCUGCUUCUGGGGUUAAAACAGAGCAGCAGGGAUACUCAUCCACCAAGUCUGAUGAAGCAGCGAGCUUUCAGCAUUGCUCCAACGUAAAGACUGAGCCUGGAUCAGAGGACAGUGCAGCUGGUGCAGAUCACAGCAGCACCAGUGCGACAGCCAAAGACACCAGCCCUUUUUCUCAGUCACACCGAAGGCACCUCGAACUCUGCAAUAGUAAUCAAGGAAACUCCGAGCCAUAUCUUACCGAAGUGGACCCCAGUCACCAGCGGCCGUCUGCCUUUCAAACCCAGAGAACGCUUGAUAAUCAGGAAGCCGUGGUUGCAUCGUGUUUUGGUGGCACUAUCAGCAUGUCCGUACCUCACACUUUGAACCAUAGCACUGCAGGCACCGGCUCUUCCACGUCCUCGUCAGAGGCUGACGGCAGUGGCGUUCACGGGAGCGUCAUGUCUUUCUCAGUGACUGUCACCACCAUACCUGCCGGUCACUCGUUAGACCACGGUAACCAGGGCGAGCCCUCGCCUGAACAGUCGUUCAUCGAGGGCUCCAACAUGGAGGACGUCCAGUCUAAAUGCUACUGCCGACUGAAGGCGAUGAUCAUGUGCAAAGGGUGUGGAGCCUUUUGCCACGAUGAUUGCAUCGGCCCCUCAAAACUGUGUGUCUCGUGUUUAGUGGUACGAUGAUAUGAAAUUAAUGAUAACUAGAAGAUACCGUGGUUUGAUUUGUACUGGAUCAAGGCACAAAGCAGGAGCAGGCCCUUCAGGAUCGGUUCAGAAUGGGGUGAAGCAUCUUAGCCAUUCUCCAGAAAAACAGCAGGUCGCUGUGGGAAAGGCAAAGAUUUACACUGGAUGGUCUUUUGUUUCACCAACAUUUAAGAAAAGCUGUUUUGUGCAAUGGUUUUAGUAGAAAUGUCAGUUUUCAAUCAGAUCAGUAGUCUGUCAGAUGUGUGACAAAUAUAAAAUCUGGCAACGUUUGCACUCGGCUAGGAUUAGUGUUAUAUAUUUUUUUAAAUAUAUAUGUGUGUGUGUGUGUGUGUAGUUUUUAAAAACGGAGGGAAAAAUGAAUGUUGCUAUUUUUAUAGAACAUAAUGACUGUUGUUGUGUUUUAGACUGACACUUUAUUAUUGGGCCUAAUCAGUCAUGGUUUAAAGGCAAAAAAAAAAAAGGGCGCUAAUGAUAAUCAUUGGUUGUAGAGUACCUCCUAUUUGGCAUUUAUGCACGCAU